AUGGCAAAGAGAGCAUCAUGCCAAGGUGAGGCCACUAGUCGGAAUACCCUAAGAUGGACUGACGAAAUGGAUACAACCUUCAUUGAUGCUUUGAUUGAAGAAUGUCAUAAAGGUAAUAGAGUGGAUGGCACAUUUACUACAAUGGCAUAUGACAACAUACUUUCACAUUUGAGAUCUAUCUAUGGUAACCACAUCCACAAAGAGAAUCUUAAGAAUAGACUCAAGACUUUAAAUGAUCAUUUUGGAGUUUGUUAUGAUAAUUUUCAUGGGCUUAGUGGAUUUUCCUGGAAUUCAAUUACAAAGAUGUUUGAGGCUGAAGCUGAAGUUUGGAAAGAAUUGAUUAAGAAGUGGAUGCGUACUCCAAUCAAACACUAUGAUAAACUAUUUGAGAUAUAUGGUACAGACAGGGCAACAGGAAAACAUGCUGAAAGUGCUAAAGAAAAAGUGAAAAGGUGGGAGAAGCAUAAAGAAAUAAUUAACUUGAAUGAUGAUGAUAGUUUUUUAAAUAUGGAAGAGGAGUGGAAUGAGUAUCCAAUUACUCCAUAUGCUACUAGUUUUACCAUGGGUCAUAGUCCUGAAAUUGGUUUAUCUAACCAAUCAACUGGCUCUCAAGGAACAUCAUCAAGAGCUGAAGAACAAGUGCAGGUAGCUAAGGAGCAAGUUCAAAUUGCUAAACAACAAGUGCGAAUGGCUGAAAGGGAUCUUGUGAUUCUUGAGCAAAGUAAGCCUCGCAUUUACUCUGAAAAUGACGUGUGGAAUGAGUUAGAGAAUUUAGGUGUGAUGCCAGAAUUGCGCAUGAGGUGUUACCACUUUUUAUGCAGAGAAGAUAGAGCUAAGAGGGAUUUUUUUGGUGUUCCGGCUGACGUACGUCUUGCCACAUUAUAUGAAUUGAUGAGAGAAGCAGGUGCACUCUAG